AUGGCUCCAUUACAGCAAUGUCUGGACCAUCUAAUCCUCUUCGUCCCUGCCAACCCGACCACGCAACUACCCGAAGUACCACCGUUUUUCUCAGACAACUUCACACUUACUCCUGGAGGCUUCCACGCCGAUGGCGCCACAUCGAACGUCUUGAUACUUCUCGCGGAUGGAUGCUACAUCGAGCUCAUCUCCUUUAUCAAUCCGUCCCUCGCACGCGACCAUUGGUGGGGUCCAGACGCCGACUUCGUAGGGUGGAAAGACUGGUGCCUGACAAAUUCUCUUACACCCGAAAAGAACCGCACAUGGAUGACAGAGAGUUAUUCAGAGCCGAUCAAAGGCGGAAGGAAAAGAGCUGAUGGUGUUGAUGUAGCGUGGGCCGUCACCUUUCCUAAAGGAGAGAAGGGAGGUCAGGGUAUCAGAAGCAAGGUGCCGUUCUUCUGCCACGAUGUCACGCCGCGUAAUGUUCGUGUGCCGCUGGAUAAGGCGAGGACCGCACAUCCGUGUGGCGCGCUGGGGGUCAGACAAUUCAGCAUCAUUGUGCGGGAUCAGGCUAUGCUCGACGAGACAAAGACUGUGUACGAAAGCAUCAUCGGUUAUGCUGGGAGAGAAGACUACGGGGAAAUCAGCUUCUUGCUUGGACGCGUGCAGCAAGUUGAGAAGCUCGAGGGUGGCGCGGAAAUUGUGCUACGCUUGCCCAAGAACGAGGAAGAGCGGAAGCGCAUCGCAGAACAGGGGUUCUGGUAUGGAGAUGUCGUUCUCGUGACAGUUGCGAAGGCUGGAAAGAUGGGAGGUACCCGGGAGAGACUGGAUGGUGGAGAAGGAGAGAGUGACGUUGGCGGGAUUUGGCUGGAGUAUGUCUGA